AAUAACAACACAGAGGAAUUAUGUUAUAAAAAUUAUGGUUACGCUUCAUAUUUGAUAAAUACAAUCAAAAUUACAUACUUACUUUGGACAAUAUGAAUGUAUUUACAGUCCUAAUGUGGAAACAUUACAUAAUAAGGAAGCGACACAUGGGCAUGACAAUUCUAGAGUUGUUCACUCCACUCUUCUUGUUAUUACCUCUGAUUGGAAUUCAUAGCGGUACGGGGAACAUAGAAGAGAGUGCGCUCAAAUCUCCUGCAACGGCGCCGCAUCUUGUCUACACACCGAACACAGAACUCACGAGCAGGCUAAUUGAAAAAAUUGCGGACACCCUGUAUAUACCGCCAUACGAACCCAUUCCAGAUAAAAUGGAGCACAGUUACAUGAGAUCGCACGAAAUAAAAUCCGAAGAAGAAUUGAACCUUUUACAUUCCGUCGAUGGUCUUGUUGUGUUUGAGAAUCUGGAUGGUGAAUACUUACCGGAUUAUCUUAAUUAUACAAUACAUUUAAGAAAUCCGCACCACCUCACAGUCAUGUCACGAAGAAGGGAUUAUGAACAUUUAGAUGAACUAAGUGAAUCAUUCCUCCGGCUACAAUGGGCUAUAGAUUCUAGCUUUAUAAAGAUAAAAGCCAACACAGACGAAGAUUUGCAGAAUAUAACAAUGAAGCAACUUCGGGGUAACGCUAAUCCACUAAUCAAUUACCGUGCGUUAUCCGAUAUCGUAUUCUUUUCUUUGAUCGCUGUUACUUUCAUCGCUCCCUUAUUGUCUUUCACACAAAUCAUGCUGCGGAUGAACGAAGACAAAACAACAGGAAUACAGGAGAUAUCCGAGAUGGCGGGCGCAUCAUCGCUGAUGAUCUGUCUGUCGCAGUUAGUGAAUUCACUCCCUCCAGCGCUAAUGAUGGCUGUAGGAAGUAGUAUAGUGUGUCUGCUGCUGCAGAUCGAGGCAAACCCUUUAAUCACGUUCACCGGCUGGUUCCUGCACUACAUGACAGUAAUCGCAUUCGCAUUCGUCCUCAGCUACAUCACGAAGACCAUUUGGUAUACAGUAUCUAUUUCAAUGUUGGCGUACCUCGCCUUGUGGUUCCCUGCCAUUGUUUUUGAAGUUGGAAGCUUUUCUCUUAUAGGGUUGAUCGUAAAAGGAUUUAUGCCUCACGCACCAUUCCUAUGGUUUAUUCAUCAGAUAUUCGUAGCUAGUGAAAUAGGUAGUGGUAUAGACUUUUCUUCGUGGUCCGGAGAGUUCCACCGCUUCAACGACGGAAGCAGAAGUGGCAGCGUACUACUCUCUUUUAUUAUGCAACUUCUUCAGAUCAUAUUGUGCUUUUUACUCACCUUCUACUUGGAGUUGGUACGGCCGAGGAAGUUUGGAAUUCAAAGGCCUUGGUACUUUCUUUGGCAGAAAGACUAUUGGGUGGUACCGCCAAUGCCUGAAUGUGAUAAUGAAUUGAAGACAAACCAAGACCCCGCAUAUGAGAAAUACUUCCAGAAACAUCCAGAACCAGCGUUAGAAGCUGUGGAGAUUGUUAAUCUACAAAAGAUGUACAGAACAAACACUGGAGCAACGAUAUACGCAGUCGAUAAUAUAUCAGCUACAUUCUACGAGGGCGAGAUCACCGUCAUUAUAGGACACAACGGCGCGGGCAAGUCAACUCUUAUAUCAAUUAUUGCAGGGUUAUUAAGGCAGACGUCGGGUAAUGUUUAUAUCAACGGACUUGACACUUUGACACGUCAAGUAGACUUGAGACGUCAAGUUGCCAUUUGUCCUCAAAUGAAUACUUUGUAUCCCGAUUUGACUGUACGGGAGCAUUUAGUUUUUUUUUGCAUGUUGAGGGGUGAUUCGAUGGAGAAGGCGCAGAAUUACGCAGAAGAACUUAUGAAGCAGUUGGAUCUUUAUUCUAAGGAUACGUGGACGCCGGAGAAGCUGUCGCACGGGAUGCUGCGGCGGCUGCAGGUUGGCUGCACGCUGUGCGGUGACGCCAACCUGCUGCUGUUGGAUGAGCCCACCACCGGCCUCGAUGUUGAAGCGAGGAGGGAGAUCUGGGAUAUAUUGUUGACACUCCGAGGACAUCGGACGGUGAUCAUGUCGACGCACUAUAUGGAGGAGGCGGAUAUCUUGGGCGAUCGUAUUCUGGGUCUCCACUCAGGCAUAUUGCGAUGCUAUGCAACGCCGGAGUAUCUGAAGAAAGCUAUUGGCGCGGGGUUUCGUGUGUCCAUAACAACACGACAGCUACCGGACUUGCACAUGAUCAGCUCAGUGAUGCGCGAGAUGUCGCCCGAUGCGGAACUGGGGGACAGGAUUCUGCGCACGCUGGUCUAUGAAAUCUCUCCCGCGACCGACAUGGCGUGUCUCCUUAAUAGACUCGAGACGUGCAGAUCCAAACUCAAUAUAGAAUCAAUAAGGAUAGGUACUGUCACAAUGGAAGAAGUUUUUAUGAAGCUGUGUAGCGACCUCUGCAUAGAUGCGUUCCAUGAAGGGGUUCCAUUUUUAAAAAAGACAGAGGAGUUCUGUUUUGAUCCGAAAUGGCCAGUGUUUAUGACCCAGACGCGAGAAUUGUUCAUGAGGCAGAUUGACUUUAGUCUUUCAAAACUUGUGCCAUUUAUGUUGCUACAAUUCUUAUGUCCCUUGGCUCUUUGCUUGAUUCUAACUCACGUGUUAAAUAAUCCACAUUACCUAGCAAAUAUAAAAAUGGACCUGAAUAUGUACAACGAAGUUGAUGCGCCUGUUGCUACCUAUGACAUCAGCAGUAGCGGCGACCUCGGCGAAAUCAUAGAUCAACUAAAGAUCGCCUACCCACAUCUCAUACUGCGUCAAGCGAAAGACACAACUGGUCACCAUAACUGCGACUGCGACAAAUGUAGAUCGCAGAAGAGGUCGUUCGCGAGAGAUAUCAUCGACGUAUACGUAGACGAUCAUCAGGCUAAGUUGAACUAUGACAGCACUGUGAAACAUUCGGCAUCUGUUGGACUAAAUCUGCUUAGCAAUAUCAUUGCUGCUCAGCACCUUGGGCCUACCUUAGAGCCUGUCAUCACUAUGCGCGUCAUCUACGGCUACUUUGAUUGGAAAAAGCCGAAGAGCGAACUAUAUUGUUAUAUGUUCGCAUCUUUUAGCGUGUAUAUAAUAUUAUCGGCGGCGAUGAACGAUGUGAUGCUACCGUACCGAGAGCGGAUGGCGUACACCCGCUACCUGCACGUGAAGGCCGGCUGCCCGUCCGGGCUCUACUGGCUGGUGACGCUGACGUACCACAUGGCCCACUACCUACUGUUGCACUGCAGCGGCACCAUUAUCGCCGCUACCAUCCUCGAAAAAGAUGACACGCUCGAUAACUUCGAAACAAUGUUUGCCUACUUACUAGCACUAAUCUUGUGUGGAUUAAGCUUCUUCACAUUCGUAUAUGUCUUGACCUACUUCUGUCAUGAGAAGACUAUCGGUUUGGUGGUUUUACUGCAUUUGAUUUAUUUUGGUAUGUACGCUCAUCUACUUAAGUUCGCUUUCGAGAGUCUUGACGUCAACCAUGGAAUGCUCUUUUUGGUGGACAACCUAAGCAUGUUUCUACCCAUGUAUAUCUUCGUACUAUCAAUCAAAAGACUGACGAACUCGGCGCGCUACAACCAGUUGUGCUUAUACUAUCAUCAGUUCUGCAGCCAGGCGCAAGAACCGCUGGGUUAUCCCUCGGACGUUUGUUGCGACAGGUCCAUGGGGUAUGGUCACUGGUUCAGUCCUUACGGAAUCUCGUCGGAUGGUAUGGGUGUACCGCUAUUGAUAAAUGCUGCCCAGAUAAUCGUUUUCACAAGUCUUGUUUGGCUGUUAGAGUAUCAACAACUAGAGAAGGUAUGGAACGAGAUGAAAAAUCGGCGUGCAUAUCCUCUGCCAGUUAGAAAAUAUGACAAUCCAGACGUUUUUGCUGAAAAGGAGAAUGUAAGAACUACGAUCGAAAAGCCAAUCGAAACUAUAAAAGAGACAAUGCUCGCGAGUCGGUGCUGGAAGCUCUACCUCUUAUCAUUUAGGUGCAUAUUCUUUGGUUUGAAAGACAUAAACUUUUCUCUAAGAAGAGGAGAAUGCCUAGGCUUGGCCGGAAUUAACAGCAGCGGGAAAACUACGGUAUUCAAAGUAUUAACUCGCUACGAUUUGCUCACGAAAGGAAAUAUCUACGGCAUCGGAUAUUUCAUUAAUAAAGAUCCAGAUAAUUAUUUGCACAGUCUCGGCUACAGUCAUCAGACAUUCGGCAUGGACUUCUUCCGGAGCGGUGAGACGAACCUGCGAACGCUGCUGGCUUUCCGUGGUCUCACCGCCGAGGAUGUCGAGUGUGAAACAAACACUUGGCUUAAAAUUAUUGAUACGGGAUUGACGCGAGUUGAAACGCUAAAAGAAAAGCUAGCAGAGGAAUUCAAAAGUCCUCUAAGGGAUGAACAUCUGACCUGCCUGCGUUACAUCGUAGCGGCGCGGCUGCACUACAGCGAGGUGUACUGCAAGGUUUACGGGCUGUCGCAGGAGUUUGAAGAUAUCGUGGAGGACUUCUCAGUAUUUGACGGCACCCUGGAGGACGGCUUCAUCCAAUUCGUGCAGGACAACCGCUUUACUGUGCGCCAAGCGCUGACAUGGUAG